AUGGAAUCUAAGCAAAUUGAUUGGUUUAAACUUUCUGAUUUAAAUCACUUGAUAUGUAAUAAAGGUUAUAGAUUUGCCAAAUAUCGCGAUUUGGUAACUUCAUUAGAGAAAUAUAUUUCUUUUGAAUCACCAGAGGAAUACGAAGAAAAAAUGUUCCCCUUGUUUCAAAAUGAAAAUUAUUAGGGCUUACAAAAGGAAAUGGCAAUUCAUAAAAAAAUUUUUUUAACAUCAUCUUCUUAUCCACUAAAAUUUAGUGUUAUGAUUGAUGAAGAUUAACAACCCAAUUUCCUUUCAGGUAUUAGGCUACAAGUAGUGAAACAAAUAAAGGAGCAGAAAAAUAAGAUCAAUUCAUGGAAGUUUUAAAGGUAUGGACAAUAUUUAACUUUUAAAAAAUCUACAACAUUUAUAGGCGGUAUAUUCAUUAAGCAAAAUAAGGAAUAAAUUUACUAAACAUUAUGUCUACAUAUAAAAAAGGAUAAGCAAGAAUUCAUAAUAUUACCAUACACGAGAGAUGUUAUAAACAACUUCGGGUAUAUAUAAUUGAAUGGAAGGGACAAUAUUAUAAAUUUAAAAAGAAAAUAAUUUAUAAUCAAUUUUAUUCCAUUAAGUUCUCCAAAAGUGUACUUGAAUGAAGUUAGAACAAUAUUUAGACUUUAUAGUUGCAGUUUUCAUUAACUUAUAUUAAGACCUUCAACAAAAAAUAACGAAUAAAAAUUGACUGCAUUUGGAAAAAAUGCAAAGUAGAUUUUUUAAAGGGCAAAGCAAAAUAGCAACUUUACAAGACAUUUUGAUAAAUCGUAGUUAGAAGCUAUAGGAAGUGCUAUGGAUUUUGAAUAAAAAGUAAUUUAUUAUCAGAAUAAUAGUUUACAUUAAUUGAAGGUCCUCCAGGAACAGGAAAAACCUAAACCAUUUUAGGUAUCUUAUCAAUUUUCUAGAGUUUAUUAAAAGAAUCUAGGAAUGAGGACAAGAAGGAUGUAAUUUUAAUAUUAGGAAAAUCCAACGGAAUAGUAAAUGAUUUGGUGAGGAAAAUUAAUAAAAGUAUAGAAACACAAAAUUCUAUAAUCUAUUGCUCGGAGGAAUAACCUUAAUCUCUUAAGGUACUUCGAUAUGGUAGACCAGAUUUAUGUGAAAAUGAUAUAGCCAGAUAUAGUGUAGAGAUUCGUUCCUAAUAGAAAUUCUUUUCAUAAUUUAAAGUUGAAGUUACUAAAAUAUUUUAACUACAUAUCACAUCCGAUAUAAGUUAAGAAUUAAAGAACGAGUAAAUUUAAGACUUUUCAUCUUUUUUGAUGGAAAUAGAUGAAUAAAACAACAUUUAUACAAAUGAACCACCUUAAAUAAGUAUAGUUUAGCUCAUGAAAUAUAUUGAGUAUCUAAAUUUUAGAAUUAAAAACAGUGUAUUAAUAUUAAAGGCUUUUGGACAUGUUUUUAAGGAUUUGCAUAAAUUGUUGAAAUCUAAACUAAGCAUAUAUUUAGAAAUACAAGAAGAGAUUUUUAAAUUUGUAUAUAUUAAUUAUUAAUAAUAGCGUCAUAUUAUAGCAUCUACAUUAAAUAGUUGUAACCAUAAUAAAUUGCAAAAUGAGUUGUAGAAUGUAAAUUUGAGAAUGUGCAUAAUUGAUGAGGCUCCAACAGCUUUAGAACCAUCAUAGUUGAUUCCAUUUAUAGAAUAUAACAAUAUAGAGAAAAUAGUCCUAGUUGGAGAUACUAAAUAAUUGAGCCCUAUUGUCAUAGCAAAAGAAUCUGAAAGUAAUCAUUUAAAUCGUUCCUUAUUUGAAAGAAUGUUAAAUUGCAUUUAGUCUAAAAAAUUGACAGAAUAAUAUCGAUAAAUGCCAAACCUAGCAGAAAUUACAUCUAAAAUUUUUUAUUCGAAUUCUCUUAAGAAAAGUAAAAUCUAAAUGUAGAUUCCUACUUAUAUUGAAGCAAGAAUAAGUCCUAAUAAAAACAGUUUUUUUUUCAACACACCUUAUAAUACAGAAGAAAUCAAGGAUUCUAGUUUUAGAAAUGUCCUAGAGUGCGAGGCAAUAAUUUAAUUAGUAAAAUAUAUUUUGAGUGUGGAAAUCAAAUCGAAAAAGAAUAAAAUAAUAUCAAUUAUAAGUCCUUACUAAAUGUAAAAAGAACUAUUGAGAUUGAGAUUAAAAUAAUAGUAUCUGCUCAAUUAUGUAGAAGUAGAUACAGUAGAUUCCUUUUAAGGGAAAGAGAAUGAAAUUGUUAUUCUAUCUCUAGUACGUUCAAAAGAGUAGAUUGGAUUUUUAUAUGAUAAGAGAAGAGCAAACGUGGCAUUAUCGAGAGCUAAAUACUGUUAAUAUGUUUUUGGAUCUGAAAGCACUUUUAUUUAAUAAGGGAAUAAAAGCUUUUGGAGAUAAAUAAUAUAAUUAUAUUAAGAUUAAUCUCGAAUUAUUGACUAUGAUGAGGAGAGUUUGAGGGAUCCGAAUUUCUUCCAGUACAAAUUGAAUGGAUGA